AUGCUAAGCCAGCCCGUUGCCAGCAUCCGCACAACCAAAACAGCACCGAUCAGCACGAUGGCCAGCACGCUCGACCACAAGCAGCCUCUCCCAGAAACACAGGACGGCGUGUCAUCGGACCAGAUUCCCAGCGGCGAGAAAAGAAAACUGGACGACGGAGAUACAGAGCAUCAGGAACCCUUCCCGAAGAAGUCUCGAUCACUCAAUACUCAACCUGAGGUCGCCCAGAAACAAGAAACAGAUACUGUUUCCAACGGAGCUCUUGCGCCACAGCAGGUCUCUGAACUCACAUCAGCCGAGUCAGAAAAGAGGAAGCCACUCGACUCACAGCCAAAGGAACCCAGCUUAGGGAACAGCCUACUGGAUUCGGUCGAUAUGACUCAAACCUGUCUCUCCGAGCAACAAGUCGGGAUCAGCAAAUACAUCAACCCCAACUUACCCACCUUUUCCGCCAUUCUCAAACAUCGAUUUACCGACUUCAUGGUCCAUGAGGUCAACACAUCCGACCAAGUUAUCCAUCUGAAAGAUAUCGGAGAUCCUUCCAAGGAAGCCCCCCGUGAACCCGCUCCAGAACUGCCGAAAGUGAAAACCCAUAACCAAAACGAAUGGCCGGAAAAUGCACACGAAAAACUACUUGAUGUUUUAGGUCAAGAAAAACUAACGGCACUUCAAAGUUUUGUGGAACACGGGCCGCCUCAAAAAGGACGCAAUAACAGCAAAAAUAAGACAACGCACCCGAACCCCGUAUCAAACCCACCCGCACCUAGUGCCGAGGUCGACAACUCUGAAAGUAAAAGAUCUGAAAACCAAGAAACUAGCCAAGUAGAAAACCCUAAGGAGGACUCAUCGAGCCCAAAUAUCAUCCCAACUAGCAUCAUAUCUGAUCCGAUCGACUCGAAAGACCAGCGCAAGCGAUUCCAUCAAGCCAUCAGGGAGGUCUUCCAGGGUAGACUGAUCACCGAACACAAAGAGCUUGAUGGGGAUACUUCUGCUAUCGAAAUCAGCUGGGCUCGACCCGGGAAAAGUACCGAAAGGCGACCUAAGCCUGUCGAUCAGAAUCCACCCUAUAUUCACUUCACCCUUCAAAAGACAAACCGCGAAACCCAGGAUGCUCUUUCUAUUAUUUCUCGAACUCUUCAUUGUCACGUGUCGAAGGACUUGGCAAUUUCGGGCACCAAGGAUAAGCGGUCAGUAAGCUGCCAGCGGGUCAGUUUCAAGCGGGGCAGAAGGAUGGUCGGAGACGUCUGGGCAACCUUGAACAACAUCAGAAGGAAUCAGCAAUUCAGCGAGCAAAUCACGUUUACUCAAAGAGGCGACAAAGGGAUUCGGGUAGGAGAUUUCACCUACGAGAACGCGCCUUUGAAACUCGGAGAGCUGAAUGGCAACCGAUUCACUGUUGUUCUUCGGGACGUGAAUCCUGCUCAGCCAGAAAUCUUGAAGGAGGCAGUCAAGACUCUUUCGACUCAGGGAUUCCUAAACUAUUUCGGUAUGCAACGAUUCGGGACUACCUCUGUUGGCACCCAUAUUGUCGGACUAAGCCUUCUUCAGGCAAAUUGGGACCUAGCCAUUGACCUGAUCAUGCGCAAGAAGUUGGGCGAAACCCAAGAUUCCGAGUUGGCGCGGUCACUAUGGGAAGAUAAGAAGGACGCCAAGGCGGCGCUGGAUCUGAUGCCAAGAAGAUGUGUUGCUGAGAGGUGCAUCCUCCAGUUUUUCUCCAAGCAAGCAGUAAACACGGAUAAAUGUGGUGCCUUAGCCAGUAUUCCGAAAAAUCUCAAGAUGAUGUACAUCCACGCCUAUCAAUCGUACAUUUGGAAUACCAUUCUGUCCCGUCGUGUUGAGCUAUAUGGCUGUGACAAGCCUGUGGUUGGCGAUUUGGUUCAGCUAGACCGGGGCAAAGCUCAUGAACCAAUUGAAGACGAAGAGGCACUUGAAACCAUCGAUGAUGCUCAGAUGAAGAAGUCCAGCAGUUGUCCUGCUGUCAAAGUGCUUAAGACGGUGGAGGACUGUCAAGCAUUUACAAUCUAUGACGUCGUCUUGCCAUUAGUGGGCUACAACAUCGUCUAUCCCGAGAAUGAACUAGGCGAGCAGUACUUGAAGAUUAUCAGACAAGAUGGUUUAGACCCCGAUAAACUUUACCGAAGCCAGGCGUCAGGAGGAACUUACCGAAAGAUCUUGCAUUUACCGCGAGAUGUCCAGAGUCAAGUAUAUCAAUACGAAGAUCCAGACUUGCCGCUGACCCAAGCAGAUGAAGACAGUCUGCUCGGGUUCGAGCUCCCUGAUCUCAAAGAAUGGACAGCCGAAUCAGCUGAGCAGAAAAAAAACCUGGCCCUCAAAGUCGAAUUUACUUUGGGUAGCUCUGCAUAUGCCACCAUGGCUCUCCGGGAAAUCCUGAAGAGCGACACGGGGAAAGAGGCGCAGUCUAGGAUGACCCAGCGGUUGAGAGAACGCAUGGUCCAUACUUGUCCAGAAACCGAUCCAACCACCGUCGAACCAACCUCUGCAAUUAUUUCAUAA